CACCAACAGGCCCAAUACACUCCCACCACCUUGCUCUCACCUUUCAAACUUCGCCAGUGAUCACCCACCACCACCACCACCACCACCUCUCAACAACUCAAAUGGCUCCAAGAGUGAUUGAAAUUGGCCUAGCCCUGGCCCUCAUGUCGAUGCUCCUAGCCCAUGCCUCGGCCCAAUCAGGCUGCACGACGGUGAUCGUGAGCCUUGCACCUUGCCUGAACUACAUCACCGGCAAUUCUUCGACCCCAUCCUCCUCAUGCUGCUCUCAGCUAGCCAGCGUCGUGCAGUCCCAGCCUCGGUGCCUCUGCACGGUCCUCAAUGGCGGUGCAUCGUCGCUCGGAAUCACCAUAAAUCAAACCCGGGCCUUAGCUCUCCCUGGGGCCUGCAAGGUCCAAACACCACCUGUUAGCCAAUGCAACGCUGUGGGCAGUGGACCAGCAGCCACACCAGCGGAAUCUCCCAAAGCGCCAACCACUCCUGUGACUCCAUCCACACCAUCGACCCCAUCAAACCCUUCUCCAGAGACCCCAACUACACCGUCAGUUCCGAGCAGUACUCCGACCACCCCAUCAAGUCCUUCAGAGAGUGGUUCCAAGACCGUCCCCUCGACUGCUGGUGAAUCCUCGGAUGGAAGUUCCAACAAGUCCGGCCGUUCUGUGAUGAUCUCCAUCCUCUUCUUUGUUGCAUGUGUCUCACUCACCAGCUUCUAGGUCUACUGCAUGGUGUGGAUGGUGUUUUGCUUGUUAUCAGAUUCUGUCACACCCUUGUGCGUGCUCUUCUGUUUCUUUCUGUUGAUGUUUGUUCUGUAUACAUAUUUGGGAUACUUUGUACAGGCUCGUCAGAUCUUUUGAAUGCAUGCUUUUUGAUUUUGAUUUUGCUGA